AUGUCGAUCGCCGGUGCUGCUGCUGAUGAAGCCGGAACUCCGCUUCUCGCUAAAACCGUAGACGGAUCCGUCGACUACAAAAGCAAACCCGCCGUCAGAUCUUCCUCCGGUGGCUGGAGAUCCGCCGGAUUCAUCAUCGGUGUGGAGGUGGCCGAGCGGUUCGCUUACUACGGAAUUUCGUCGAAUCUGAUAACGUAUUUGACGGGGCCGUUGGGUCAGUCGACGGCGGCUGCUGCGGCUAACGUCAAUGCCUGGUCUGGAGCGGCGUCGUUGCUUCCGCUCCUUGGCGCUUUCGUCGCCGACUCCUUUCUAGGUCGUUUCCGAACAAUCCUCGCCGCCUCCGCUCUCUAUAUAUUGGGGCUUGGUUUAUUGACUUUAUCUGCAAUGAUUCCUUCAGACUGCAAAGUUUCCAAACUAUACUCGUCAUGCUCUCCUCAAUUCCAAAUAGUUACAUUCUUCGGUGCCCUGUAUCUAGUGGCGCUAGCGCAAGGAGGGCACAAGCCGUGUGUUCAGGCUUUUGGAGCGGAUCAGUUUGAUGAAAAGCACCCUGAGGAGUGCAAAGCAAAGAGCUCCUUCUUUAAUCUGUGGUAUUUCGCCAUGUGCUCUGGAACUUUUCUCACCUUAUGGGUCUUGAAUUACAUCCAAGAUAAUCUCAGCUGGGCUCUAGGCUUUGGUAUUCCCUGCAUUGCUAUGGUGGUUGCUUUGGUUGUUUUCUUGCUCGGAACCAGGACUUACCGCUUCAGCGUUCGUAGAGAAGAAGAUCGUAGCCCUUUUGUGAGGAUCGGAAAUGUUUAUGUCGCCGCUGCAAAGAACUGGAGUGUAUCAGCUUCUUCUGUACCGGAUGCAGAAGAGAUCUCACAUCAAUAUAGUUUUCUUAACAAAGCUCUGGUGGCAAAGAAUGGUUCUUGCAGUGUUGAUGAUCUCGAAGAAGCAAAGGCAGUGCUUAGGUUAGCUCCGAUAUGGUUAACUUGCUUGGUUUACGCGGUUGUCUUUGCGCAGCCUAUAACUUUCUUCACAAAACAAGGAGCUACAAUGGAGAGAUCAAUCACGCCAAGCUACAAGAUCUCUCCGGCUACACUCCAGUCUUUCGAAAGCCUCUCUAUAGUGAUCUUCAUCACAUUGUACGACCGCGUACUCAUCCCGAUCGCAAGAUCAUUCACAGGUAAACCAGGCGGAAUCACAAUGCUUCAGAGAAUCGGCACAGGGAUAUUCAUCUCGUUCCUCUCUAUGGUAAUAGCCGCUCUAGUGGAGAUGAAACGGCUCAAAACCGCUGCGGAUUACGGUCUGAUCGAUUCUCCAGACGCUACGGUUCCAAUGAGUGUGUGGUGGUUGGUUCCACAGUACGUGCUCAUUGGUGUCUCAAACGUUUUUACAAUGGUGGGUCUUCAAGAGUUCUUCUACGACCAAGUCCCUAGCGAUCUGAGGAGCGUGGGGUUGUCUCUGUACUUGAGCAUAUUCGGUAUUGGUAGCUUCAUCAGCAGUUUCAUGGUAUCAGUCAUUGAGAAACUGACGAGCCGGUCCGGUCAAGCGAGCUGGUUCGCAAACAACCUGAACCAAGCUCAUCUUGACUAUUUCUACUGGCUGCUCGCUUGUCUCAGCUUCAUUGGCUUAGCCUCCUACUUGUAUUUUGCAAAAUCCUACGUCUCUAAGAGGCUCAACACUCUUUAA